ACAUUACUGUGGGCCAUAGAGUACGGAAUUUGGGCUGGCGGCUGGGGGCAAAAGUCAACAAAGACUUGAGUUUUCGUGCAGCAGAAACGAGUUAUAAUUUAAUUUAUUUACUUUUAGGUCUGCAGAAUUCUGGGAACUACUAUUAAUUGAGGAAAGCCGUUAUUCGUUAUUGUCCGUGCUGUGUUUAUUGGAGAGCCGCCAAGUAAAAUGGAUAAAGCAUUAUCUUUACAAGAGUUGUAUGCGGUUUACAAGCGAUGGGUAAUAAGCAACCCUGGUGUUGUGACGGACGUCGAGACUGUAGCGACGUGGUCUUCAUAUUUUGUGGCUGGAAAGAUAAACAAAUCGCCCAUCGUCUCGGAAUUAGUGUACUCGGUGUCUAAACUCGUGUCACUGUUUAACGACAAGCUCAUUAGAGAAGCUUAUGGGUCAGACGAGCCGUACUACGGGCUCCGGGAGCAGAUCAAGCUGUGGCUAACAGUAGUACACUACUGCGAAGUAUUUAUUGAACUGUUAGUCAAGAACAGGUGGGGAACAAGAGGUAAAUGGACGGUGGCGACGCUACUGCAGGUCUUCAAGUGUUCUUCGGCUCUUGUUUUGCUGUACAGGUUCAAGGAGCUGCCGAUAGCCCAUCCCCCUAUUCCCGCGUUACAGAGGAAGAAGUUUACAGAAGGCAAAGAGACAGACGAGAACUCCAACUCAUUCUUCACUCUGCGCAGGUCAGGGCGCGUCAUCCGACGAGUGGACGGCGCGCCCUCAGUGGCGUUCCGUGACUGGGAGCCAGUGAAGAUCAAAGAUGACAGGCCUGCACCCGUCAACGUUAAUGAUUUAAUUUAUGCUGAGUCACUACACAUUCUGAAGCCUUUAAUACAUUUAGCUUCUAUGAGAGUGUUUGGUACAAAAGCGUGGAAGCAGUGGGUCAUAGCCCUCUGUGUGGACUUGGCAAGUAUGAAACUGUAUGGUAAAUAUAUGAAGGAUUUGUCUUAUGACCAACGGCUAGAGAUAAGUCGCAGGAAGUUGGGUCUUGUUCUGUACUUACUUAGGAGUCCUAUGUACAAUGGUUAUUCUAAGAAUGUUAUUGAGAAUACUCUAACAUCUCUGACAAAGAAAGUGCCAGCCAUGUCAUUUAUUUGUGGGCCAAUUAUACAGUAUUUGAGUCAUUGGCAAGAUAUUUAUUUCUACAUGUGGGCUUCAUAAUUGUUUAAUUAAACAAAAUCAUGACUUGAACUCUUAUAAAGUAAUUAUAUUGGGUGGUUUGGUAUUAUUUGUUUCACUGUAUUAUAUUGCUAAUGUUGUAUUCAUUAAAUACAACAAAAUAAUUUUUUAUUGUUGAUUUAUAUGAUGUUAAUGCUCAGGAGUAUGCUGCUUCGACGAUUCAUAACAAUUCACAUACUGUUUAUGUCCAGGUUUGACCAGUUCUUGCUCCAUAUUUGCAUAUUAACUCCGUUGUACGUCAGUGCGCAGAUAAACGUGAGACACAAUUGAUUUUCUAUUGUUUUAUAAUUUGUGGCAAAGUAAGCGAAUGUAAUUAUUUAUAUUUAAUGAAGAAAUUGAAUAGUGGAAUCAUGGAACAUUGAUCUUUUUCAUUUUGUAUAUUUCUUCUGUUGUGAGGAGUUUUAUCGAGUGUUUCUGUUCUGUAGUUCUCACCAAACUAAAUUCUGAGCACGACUAUUUCCCUCCUGCUAAGCAUCUUUGUCCUCCUGUCAUCUACAAAUUACUUCUAAGCAAUAUUGUAACAGGGUAGUUUCACUAAUUUUUAUUGUUAUAAUCAAUUCCACACAAAGUUGCCUAUACAAAUGUUAUUUGUAGCUGCCUAAAUGAUGCAAACUGCUUAUGAAUUAUUGUUCCUUCUCAACAAAUAGUAAAGAACAUUACGUUUUCACACAAGUGCCAAUAUGUCAUUGAAUAGGACUUAACACAUAGGUAGGUAUGCUUACAAGGCUGAGUUAAAACAAAUAUUGUCAGUACCUGACGUCAAUAUGUACAUACAUGUUUGUAAAGUGUAAUAAUUGCAUCCUAGCGAGUUGUUGGCUACGACUGUUCUUAUCUCCUAAGAUCAGCCAGCUGCGCUGGACAUAUUUUAGCAAUCAUUUGCGUCAACACCGGAGCACUCCCUAUCCCUUCACUCUCAACUCCCGGUGGUACAAUCCGACACAACCCGAGAAAGAUUUGCAGGACAUACAUUUACAUACUCUCUGAUGCACGGGUGUAUCAAUCUCUAACUGCCAGACUUCUGGCUGCUUUGUGAAAGUUUCUACCCACCAAGCUGUAUGGGUAAUAAAGUUAAUUGUUGAGGUCUAGAGGUUUUUAAUAUAUUCGUUAAUAUAUAUGAAAACACCAAUUAAAUGUUAAAUAUUUACACAUAUUCCACAAUAUUUUUAUACGCAAACAAAUAACUGUAAAAUGAAGCAAUAAAUAAAACUUUAAAAUGUAUUUAAUAAGUGCAUUGCAAAUAUUCUGACAUGUAUUGAUUAUUCUGAUUUAUAUUUUUAUUGACAUCCUAUUGCACACUGAUUAAAUUCCACCAUUGUUUAAGAUACAGCAAAUUACAUGAUUGUACAUAUAUUUGGGUCACGUUAAACCAUAUGUGGCACUUAGACAUAUAUCUAUACAUAUAUACAUUCCAUGGGUCCGAGAUCCCACUGCAAAGCAUGGAUAAACUAGUUGAUUAAAUUUUUAUUUAGACUUAACUUUGUAGAGAAGCAUUUUUCACAAGCUGCCAAAUUAUGUAUGUAGUUGAAAACUUGCAACGGGAUCUUCUAGAUGACCUAAAAUAUCAGUAGGCAAAUAUUGUUCUAUAGCAAUAAAAGUAUGGUGGUAAGUCACGAAAGGCGUUGUAUCACAGACACCACCACAUAAAUCGUCUGCAAUAGACGAAAUGGCCGUUGAUGGUGGUUUUAUACCUAAGUUUUUCGAGUGUUUUCAAUUGAGUAUUUAUAAUUACAAUAAUAUAAUAAAAAUAUAAGGUGACUGAACAAGAUUUAACGACUACCAUGUGUAAACUUUAAUUAAGUCUUGUUCUUAUUUCUGUUUAUGUAAAUACUAUAAAAUAAAUGGAACAAUGUUUUUAUUUAA